AUGAAAAUUGACGCUAUAACACCUAGCAGCAGUGACCACAGAAUGUGCCGGCAACACUUAAAAGGCCACAAAGGACGCAAAACGUCACAAAUCAGUCGAGGGACACUGCCCGACAGCGAGACUGAAUGCACCGAAGCUGAAUUCAGGCAACUGUUCUCAAUGUUCGAUACGGACAAUUCCGGAGCGAUCGGGAAGGAAGAACUGAAACAAGCAAUGAUCCGAAUCGGCGUGGAUGCGCAUGAACAAGAUAUCGAAGAUCUGAUCAAUGAAGUUGAUGAAGACGGCAACGGCGAGAUAGAUUUCGCCGAAUUCUGCGACUGCUUGAGAAAGUCGCAGCAACGUGCUAAGAAACUGACGAAAGAAGGGCUGACCAGACAAUGUUUUGAGAUAUUCGAUCAAGACGGCAAUGGAGUGAUCAGUGAAGCCGAAUUCAAAUACAUAGCAAAAGAAAUUGGCGAUUUUGACGAUGAGCUGGCGGAUCGCGUAUUCAGUGAGUUGGACACAUGCUCCAACGGAAUUCUUACGCAAGAUCAAUUCGCUGCUGUUGUUGAGGACUACCUGUUUUCACACGAUGAUGAAUUUGUACACACACCCAAACAGAGCAGAAGCGCUACUCCGAAUCAACCUAGUGGCACUUCGACUUAUGAUAAAGGCACCACCAAUCAUGAUAUUAGCUCUGUAUAA